AUGGCGGGUCACGUAGGUGGCGGUAGUUUUACUAAUGAAAAUAUACAAAGAUAUAACAAUGAAAGACGAAGUAGUAAGCAGUGGGUUAAACUUAAUGUUGGUGGUACCUAUUUUCUAACAACCAAAACUACUUUGUCUAGGGACACUAACUCAUUUUUGUAUCGAUUAGUGCAAGAAGACAGUGACUUAAUUUCAGAUAGGGAUGAAACUGGAGCUUAUUUAAUAGAUAGAGAUCCUACGUAUUUCUCUCCAGUGCUCAACUACUUACGCCACGGAAAGUUGGUCAUCAACAAUGACAUUGCUGAAGAAGGUGUUUUAGAGGAAGCAGAAUUUUAUAAUAUAACAGAGCUUAUUAAGUUAGUAAAAGAACGAAUAUCUCAAAGAGAAACAGGACCUUCGAAAGACUCCAAAAAUCAUGUCUACAGAGUCUUACAAUUUCAUGAAGAAGAGUUGACGCAAAUGGUUUCCUCUAUGUCUGAUGGUUGGAAAUUUGAACAAUUGAUAAAUAUUGGAUCUCAAUAUAAUUAUGGUAGUGAAGACCACGCUGAAUUCCUGUGUGUGGUUAGCAGAGAAUGUGGUAACAAUCCAAAUAGCAAUGACAUAGAACCUACAGAUAGAGCAAUGGUUCUGCAACAAAAGGGCUCAAGAAUUUGA